GGAAGAAUGGAACAACAACAACAGCAACAAAGGUUGAGAAUGGAAACUUCCAAAAUAAAAGAUCAAGAAACCAAAAAAUGGGCUCUCAAGCAGCAGCACCAUUAUCAUCCUCUUUUUUCUCUUCCUUAAGCUUAGUGGCUUUAAAUUCAUCUCAACCAUCAAAACUUUUUAGACAACCCAUAAUUCCUUUCUUCUCUGUUCAUGCAAAUGCUACUUCGUCUCUCAAAUCUACCUCCUACCAUAACCUCAAACUUCGAAGACUGAAAACCAGAGCUGCCCUUGAUGAGAAAGACCAAACUCUUUCUACCUCAUUUCUUGUUCAAGAAGAACAAGAGCUGCAGACUCAAACAGACCCAGAGGUAGAGGAGAGUGUGAAAGUGCUUAAGAAUGCUGCAAAGACAAGAAAGGUUCCUGUGGCAGAGGUUCUGUCAGCACUUUCUGUGAUAGAGAAGGCUAAUGUUGAUCCUUCCACGUUUCUUGAUACUCUUGGUGGAUCAGCAUCCCCUGGUAGAACCUGGAUGCUUAUUUUCACUGCUCAGAAGAAAUUAAAGAGUGGAAAAUACUUCCCUCUUACUGCUGUUCAGAGGUUUGAUGCUGCUGGGAAGAGAAUUGAAAAUGGAGUAUAUUUUGGGUCACUUGGGUGCUUAACUUUCGAAGGCAGAUUUACAUGGAAAAAGAGGAUACUGGCCUUCAUAUUUGAGCGCAUUCGUGUAAAAAUUGGACUUCUGAACCCUUUGGAGAUUAACCUUGGACAAAAGGAUGAUAGAGAGCCGAGCACCAAGGACCCUUUCUUUAUCUGGUUUUAUAUUGAUGAGGAAAUUGCAGUUGCUCGAGGCAGAAGUGGGGGAACUGCAUUUUGGGUUCGGUGUCGUCGUAUUACUGCCUGAUUCGGUUUAAACUUGUGAGUAAUGCACACAUACUUCAUAUACCUGGCAAGAAUGAUUUUAGGUAUACCUGUAAUCAUCAGGUAUACUAGAGCGGCUUCUUAGUGUAUCAUACCUCCUAGUAAUACUUGUUUUCCUAGAUAUUAUAUAGAACAUUGAUACUGUUGUUGCUGUACAAAACAUAUGUAUUCAUGAUAGUCGGGUCAACAGGUAGUUAACUAAGUUAAGUCAGGGAAACUAACAUGUCCUUACCUGCAAUAUGCUUAUCAUUAUCAUAGAACUCUUGUUCUUGUCCCUUGCGUUAUCAAUUGAGGUUCUUUUUCCA